AUGGAGAGGGAACGACAAUACCUUCGCCCGAGGGUAGGGGGCACCGUGACCCCAAGCUCCGACACCCGCUCCUCCGGGCGCCCCGCCGAAUGGCCCCAGUGGGAGCCGGAGAGGCAACGUGAGCAUGAUAGCGAGAGGGAGCAACCCGCCAAAUCCAUCUUGAGGAAGACACUUCGCCCUUCGACAAGGCCACGCCGCAACUCUGACACCUCUGUCACAUCAUCCAGCUUCCACGGUGGAGGGGGUGACUCCGAGCUGGGGUCGGAGUCUCCCGUCCCCUCCAGCUCGAGUGCCCUGCCUAGGAAGGUCCUCAAGGCCAAAUUUCCAGGAAUUCCCGCAGAGCGUCAAGGUGUCGUCAGCCUGAGGCCGUCGAGGGGUUCCUCACCCAACAUUCCAUCUGUGUACCGUGUGCCCCCAGUCCGCUCAGUCCUGGGCUCUCAGUAUACCUCCAACAACAGGCCCCAGGGGCGCAAUGGCCGUCGCGGGUCGUACGACCGCCAUGACAAGCUCUACCACAGCACGGACCCCGAGACCGAGUCCGCCGUAUCGGAGACAUCUGACUUGUCCUCCACCACGGAAGCAACAACCAUCAUCUCGUCGCCCUCGGAUUCCGGAGCCAGCGAUGUGACCCCUACCGAGACCGUCGCCAAGCCGACACCCUCGGUCCGCUUCACCCCCAGCGUCAUCGGCUCCGAGAGCGUCGCCAGCUCAGUAUCAGCAACCCCUGUCCGCAAAGCCAAGCCGCGUCUCAGUAUCCGUGGACAGUCAGCCUCCGAAGGGGACCGCACUGUUGUCAAGAGCGGCAGCCGGUCAGUCCAGAUCAAGAUGCUCCCCCUCACUGCCGAGACCCCCGAGUCCCGGUACACCCGCGAGCUCGAGCGCUACCAGCAGGAGAUGGAGCGUAGUCUGAUGUACAAGAUCGAGGUGCUCGAGACCGAGAGGGAGACGUUGCGUGAGAGCGAGGCCAAGUUGAGGAGGGAGCUUGACGACAACUCCUCUCGCCUCACCACGCUCGACAAGGAGAAGGCGGCGCUCGAGAAGGAACGCAACACCGAGCGGAGAAGCAGGGAUCAGGUACUCGGCAUGCUGGAGAAGCAAAAGGCUGUCUUUGACGAGUUCCGCAGCAACUUUGACCUGCAAAAGACCAUGCUCGAUGAGGUCGAGAAGGAGCGGGAUGCCGAGCGCGCCAGCAAAAAGGACCUUCAAGCGAAGCUCGAGGCCACUCGUCAAGUCUUUGACGAGUACAAGUCCACGAUGGAGCUGCAGAAGGCCAUGAUCGAGGAGACCGAGAAGGACCGCGACGAGUCCCAGGCCUCCAGGGACAAGGUCGGGGAGCGGUUUGCGGCGCUGGAGAAGGACUACAAGAAGCUCCAGGGUGACCGCAAGGACCAGGAGGAGCUUCUGACCCACCAGAUUGCCGCCCUCGAAACCAGCAGGGACGCCCUCCAGGAGCAGCGCGACAACAAGGACAAGGAGAUUGCUGACUUGCUUGCCAACCGUGAGAAGCUGCAGACGAAGAUGGAGACUCUGACUGCUCGUGUGACUGCCGCCAAGGAUGAACUGAAGGCUGCCGAGGAGCAGCAGCAGAAGAUCAGGGAUGCCGCCAAGCACGAGAAGAGGGUCCUUCGGAAAGAACUCGAGGAGGAACACGCGGCCGCAAAGAACCGCGUUGUUGAGUUGGAACAGCAAAAGGUGGAGCUUGAGAAGGCUAAGGCGUCCGUCGAGCAGGAGAAGGUUGAUGUUCAAGCCAAGCUCGACACGGCCGAAGGGGAAAUUGCCACACUCAACGCCCAGGUAAACGUUUUUACAGCGUCCACAUCGGAGCUCAACGCGACCAUCGCUACUCUCGAGGAGGGUCUUUCGACAUCCAAGGCCGAAUCAGUUGAUCUCAAGAUCCUGAUCGAGGGCCUUGAAUCUGACAAGACCGGCCUCCAGAAGCAGAUUGAGGGUCUCAACACCGAAAGUACCGAGAUGCAGGCACAGAUCCACACUCUCAACACCGACCUUGCCGGCGCAAAGGCUGCCAACGUUUCCAUUGCCGGCCAGAAGCUCGACUUGGCUAAUGAGAUGGCUGGAAUUAGUGGCGCUCUCGCCACCGCGCAGGCUGAGAUCACCAAGCUCACCGCCGAAAAGGCUGCCGCGCAGGCUGCUGCAAAUGCCGAGGCCGGGAAGAUUCCUGCCUUGGAGAGCGCCAAAGCCGAACUCGCUGGCAAGGUUGUAGAGUUGGAGAGUAAGAUCUCGGAGGCCGAAGGUACAAUCACCGAGCUUCGUGGCCAGGUCGCUACGCUUCAGGGCGAAGCCGAUAAGAUUCCUGGUCUAUUCACUGAGAGGGUAGUCACGGAGAGCAAGAUAACAGAUCUUGAGGGGCAGGCCGCCUCCCUCAAAGCCAAGAUUGCGGAAGUCGAGGCCGAGGCAGGCAAGCUUCCUCCACUGCAGGCAGCGAAGUCCGAGCUGGAGGGCAAAGUUUCCUCGCUCGAGGACCAGAUCGCCCAGCUGCAAUCCGACCUCUCCAAGGACCCCGACGCCACUGCUGCGGCCCUCCGCGCCGAGCUCGAAGCCAAAGGGCAAGAAAUCACGCGUCGCGUUGAUGAGAUCAACACCCUCACCGCGAACAACACUACCCUGUCCGUUCAGCUCGGCGCCACGCAGCAACAGAUCAACACCCUUCAACAGUCUCUCAACAGCGUAACCCAGUCGUACAACGCCGCGACCGGACAGGUGAUCGACCUCCAACAGCGUGUCGACCAGCUCGCCUCGGCCUCCCGACGUGCCAGCCGAUCCCGCACCUCAUCCCCGCAGAAGAAGGACAAGGACCGCGACAGCAGCAGUGGCGGGAGCAAAAAGGACAAGCACCUCGUGGUCGUGCGGAACCCCGGCGACAGGGGCGCUCUGUCAGUCAUGCUCCAGAUCGCUGCUGCCAUCUGA